AAGAGACCGACCGUGAAAUAUAUCCCUACAAGAUGGCUGCUCCGACUGCUGUUGCCAACAAUGUUCACCUGAAUGUCCAGGACGAUGACGAACUUCUCAUUGACGCCUCCGCAACUACCGCUCCCUCCACCUCUACCUCUGCUCCCGUUCCCACCGGUGACGAAAUGGCCAUUGAUGAGGAAGGCCGUCCGCGCUUCGCCCCCGCCGCAAACAACGAAGCCCGCACCUCCGCCAAACCCAUGACCCGCAAAGUCCCCGUCCCUCCACACAGAAUGACACCCCUCAAAGCAACCUGGUCAAAAAUCUAUCCACCACUUGUCGAGCAUCUUAAGUUGCAAGUACGGAUGAACGUGAAGACGAGGAGUGUGGAGUUACGGACGUCGAAGCAGACCCCCGAUAGUGGUAAUUUGCAGAAGGGCGCAGACUUCAUCCGUGCCUUCUCACUCGGUUUCGACGUCGACGAUGCCAUCGCACUAUUGCGUAUGGAUGACCUCUACAUCGACACCUUCGAAAUCAAAGACGUCAAAACCCUCUCCGGCGACCACCUGUCCCGCGCAAUCGGCCGUAUCGCCGGUAAAGACGGUAAAACCAAAUUCGCGAUCGAGAAUGCGAGUCGGACACGAGUCGUGUUGGCGGAUACGAAGAUCCAUAUUUUGGGGGGGUUCUCGAAUAUUAGGGUUGCGAAGGAUGCGAUUGUUAGUUUGAUUUUGGGAAGUCCGCCUGGCAAGGUUAUUCCUAAUUGUAGGACUGUUGGGGCGAGGAUGAAGGAGAGGUUCUAA